AUGAGUGCAGGAGACCCCAAAGCUAUCAAAGUCAUCACUGUGUUCAAUCCUUUUGACCACAAUUAUGCGCAUCGGUUGAAGAAGGGCAGACAAAUCCAAAAAACUGCUAUAUUUGCAACAUCUCGAUUCCGAGAGAUUCUGGAACACAUCGUUAAGGCUCCUACUGCGCGUCAAAAAAAGUGGAUGCAGGAGACUCUGCAGAUUGAAUUAGAUGUUGUCUUAGCGUGUAUUGGUGCCGCCUACGCAGGAUCUCAGGUUAUUGAAAUGCCACUCCUUCUGCGCUCUCUGUGCAAUACUUUGGCUGUUGCUAGAACAGAAUUGCUCCCGCUGGAUAUUGACCCAAGUAUGAUCAAUUUAUUGGCGGUGGGGGCACCUUGUACUGCCCUCGACAGACGUGUCAACUCGUACAUGUGUGCGUGGUGGUUGAAAAACACUCCGCCGUCUGACGACAACGACAUUUUAAAUGGAAGCAAUCUUACCGACGUCAUGAAGUAUCAUGAGGGUGAGUUGAAGCAAUGCCUGGACAAAGAACGUGAAGAUCUGGCCAAGGCAUCGCAGCCAACAUCGUCGGUGCCUUCCGACGUUAUUCCGACUCAAAUCAAACCGAUUCUCAUGCUUCUCAACAACGCCAAUUCUGCAACAUGCGACUCAUGUUCCCGACUUUCUUUUCUUGCUGACGACGUACUUCACCAGCUACAAGGGUUUAAAACCAUGUUGAUGGCCAACGCGGGUCAGUCAAGCCACAGCGUUGACCGUAUUGCACACCGCGCUGCAGGAUUUUUCAAGCUCUACAAAGCUUCCCAAUUAUUGCCGUUGAAGCCCGAACCCAUCCCCAACACACCUUCAUCCAAGUGGACUUGGGAUGCACAACUCACUGUCAAGCAGGUUCGUGCUCUUGGUGUCGCCACAAAAACAGUUCAUUCGGGAUAUGUAAAGAGUCUUCGAGAUGGCGGGGACUUGGGCAAAAGAUCCGAACUCAGCGAUUCAAAAAUGCGCACUUUAUUCCUUCCGACAAACUCCAUUUUGUCCCGCGAAGAUAUCAAGGCACCUCCAUCUAACAAUCUUGAUCUUCCCAGGUACUUCAAAACAGGGACAGAAGGUUCAGAUUCUAGUGGCGGAGAGAUGGCGGACUUUGACGUCAGCGAACGCAGUACCGAUAACUCUGCAGAAAAUCUCAGUACCGAUAACUCUGCAGAAAACCUCAAAAACAUGGUCAAGGCUGCGAUCGAACUCUUUGACGCUGAAGAAGACCAACAGGCUGGGGCGUCGGGGAAUGUUCAAGAGCAUACCGACAAUAAUUCCGACAUCAGCGAAACUAACUCGGAUGCCAUUAAUCAGGCAUUAGAGCUCUUUGCUGAUGAGCUUCAAGAUACCAACAAUGAGUCAAGUCGCUCAACCUUGUCGGACCUAGCCAAUGAAGCUGCCGACCUUUUCUUUGAUUCUGCAGAAGAAUCGGACUAUUCAAUUGACGUUGACGAGAAUUCUGCUCAACCACAGUUCACGUCGGAGCACUUUGCGGGCAACUUGGAGCUGGAUCUUUUUGACUAA